AUGGGCUUCCUCCAGUUCCUGGUUACGGCGUCGCUGGCCGCGCUCGUCCCCAGCGCGUGGGGGCUCCUCGCCUUCCCCGGCGCCGAGGGGUUCGGGCGGAACGCCGUCGGCGGCAGGACGGGGUCGGUCUACCGCGUGACGAACCUGAACGACACGGGGGCCCGGUCGUUCCGUGACGCCGUGUCCGAGUCUAACCGCAUCGUCAUCCUCGACGUCGGCGGCACCAUCAAGAUCAACACCCGCGUCGCCGUCUCCAAGAACAUCUAUAUCGCCGGGCAGACGGCGCCGGGAGAGGGCAUUACGGUGUACGGCAACGGCAUGUCGUUCUCGAAUGUCGACAACGCCAUCGUGCGGUACAUCCGGUUCCGGAUGGGCAAGGGCGGGGACUCGGGGAAAGGUGAGUUACGGAUUCGCGCUCGCACUGGCGCCGGCGCCGCGCACCCGGCUAACCCGAUGGCGCGGGGCGCUGGUCAGCGAGGAGGGCGCGCCCGCGGCCUCGACCCCGCAGACCCCGCCGACGCCACGCGCCGCGCCGCCAGCGGCUACGCGAACGUCGAGGUCUGCGUCAACUCGCUCGUGCCGGCGUUGUGA